UCUAACCCAACUUCCAUAAAUAACAAAACAACCAAAAUCCUAAACAUCUACCAUCCUCUCUCUCUCCAAUUUCCAUACAUAGAAGAAAAACACCACUAAGCACUACCCAUUUACCAAGAUAUUAAGCCAAGAACCAUGACUGAUAGGGUGCACCCUUCUUCCAAACCGGCGGCAGCCAACGGCACCACACCCACCGCCACCCCCUCUGGCACCCCGUCCUCCGCAGCCAACAAGGCCAGAUUAUACAACCCCACUCGCCAACCCUACCGUCCCCAACCCCCUCGCCGCCGCCGCAGCCGAAGCUGCUGCUGCUGCUGGACCAUCCUUUCCAUCAUCCUCUUCCUCAUCCUCAUCACCGCCAUCGCCAGCACGGUCCUCUGGCUCAUCUACCGCCCCCAACGCCCCGCCUUCUCUCUCUCCUCCUUACAGAUAUCCCAGUUCAACCUCACCACAUCUUCCCAACUCAGCUCCAGGUUCAACCUCACUGUCACUGCUCGAAACCCUAAUAAAGAACUCGUAUUUCUAUACGAGCCCAUCACGGUUUCUGUCACCGUUGACGGAGUGGACGUUGGAAAUGGGUCGUUUUCAGGCUUUGUGCAUGGCAAAAAGAACACUACUACUUUGAGAACACCUAUGAUAAGAUCAGGUCAAAGUAUGGACAGUAAGUCGGUUGGUAUAUUGAAGUCUGAUAUGAAGAAGAGUUUAGAGUUGAAGGUUCAGUUAGAUACCAAGGUGAGAGUGAAGGUGGGAAGUUUGAAGACUAUGAGGGUUGGACUUAGGGUUUCAUGUGAUGACAUUAGAGCUGCUGUGCCUACAGGAAAGUCGGCCACGACAGCCACCACAUCGGAUGAUAAGUGUGAGGUUGACUUCAGGAUCAAGAUCUGGAAAUGGACCAUAUGAUCAAUUUUUUAAAAUGUGUGUAUUCAUGAAUGUUUUUUUUUUUUUUUUUCCUUCUUCUUUUGGAUUUUUGUACGUUUUUGGUUUUUUGGUCAUAAAUGUAUUUUUUUUUUGAUUAAUAUGGUUGUGAAUUCAAGAUUUUUGGAUGAUUAUUCCAGGGUUAAGAAAGUUAUUACGUACAAUAUUGAUAGUAAUUGUGAGUGUGUAGUGGUUGAAUUAAGAAUUUUAUUUUUAUUUUUAUUUUAUUUUAUUUUUCC